UCGUGAUGGCGCGUGUUUAUUCAGCAGCAGUUCUCACACAGACACUUUUAUUUAUUGCACACACUUAUGUGUGUUUUUAAUUACCAGAGAUAUUAUGUUUAAAUAGGUUUAAACACCUUUUCUUUCCGUUUUACAUUUACUAGCUAGCUAACUUGCCUCAGGUGUCUGCUGUUCAGGUUUCACGGAAUGCGGCAAUUCCGGGUCUAGCUCUAGAAAUUCAAAUAAAUAGACUUUGCCCAAAUUACCUUUUGCCAGACCUCAGACAUUAACGUGUUACCAUAUGGAACAUAUGUGACUGAAUCCUCAAGAUUGCCUGGGCCGGAAUGUGCCAUGAGGUUUGAGUCCGGCUAAACAGCAGGUAGGCUACAAGGUAGGUAAAGGCUUUACUGUCAUACUGUGUAUGGAUCAUCCACGUUUUUAGUAUCUGUGCCGAAAUGUGUGCGUAAAUGAAUAGACCGUGUUUCACUGAAAUAUGUCCAACCGCUGGUCACAUUUUCUGGUGCCAUAGCGUAGGCUAAGGCAAAACCUGGUGAUGUAUCAGGCAGGCACGUACUCAUUUAAACAGGAUUAGACUUCUUGUGCCUAAUUUGGGCUAAUUCUUCGUUCGCAUCUCAACACCAAAAUAGAUCUCAUGUUUCUUAAAGGGUCAGAUCAUUCUUUUUAUGAAGGCGACUGUAUGCACGUGAACUUGUUAGGCCUAUCCAUCAGGUGUUAGGUAUUGACUUGCUUGGAUGUAGGUCUAGAAUAGGACAUUUUUCUGAUGUGGAACUGUUAAACUGCUUACUGGCCUACUGCUGCAAAAUGUGACCCUUUUAAUCACGUCUUACUGUUAACCAUUAGUCAGUAAUUAAUGGUCCACACUGGAUUCUGAGCUGAGGAUUUUAGUGUGGUAAAAAAAUCCAGUAGGCAAAGCCGUAUAUGACUAUGUAUUAUAAAGGAUAGGUCUACUUAUUGUAUGAUAUAAUAUUGUAAUGUCUCUCAUUCAAUGGCAGUGUUUAGUUAGUUUUUCUUUUUCCACAUCUGGCCCAGAACAUAAAAAGGUCGCUUAUGUCCCAGGGGUCCACACUCGCCAGGCUGCCAACACGUGGCCGGGGUUAUACAUAGUGCAGGCACUCGCUACAUUAUACUUUUUUGGUUGAAAUGUCCAGAACCAAUGCAGAUACUUUGAAAUGAAAAUUAAUCAGACAUUAGUGUCUUCUUUAUUUUUGUUUGUCCCCAAGGUACCAUUACAGUAACUCAAUGUUGUUUACUGUGCCUCCUGAUAUGUCUUAGGAACACAUGUUUGUUUCUGCAGUUGAAAGGGUCUACAGGCAUAUGAAUACACACCCAGCUGCACCCAACAGCAAAUUAUUUGGGAAAAUCAUUAUUUUUUGGAUUCAAUAUUGCUUACUGUGAAUUUCAACUUCUCUCUAUAGAUGACUUUAGAUGAAAAUACACAUAGAAGUCAAUGAAAGACAUGACAUAUCCAAAAUGUCAUAUUAUGACAAAAGUGUUUAUAAUGUGAGGUGAAUGCUUGCUUGUGUCAUUUUGCUGGAGAAUUCAGGCAUUUUGCAUUUUGUGUGAGCAAUUCUGGGUUUUGUGUGUAGAGGUAUGAAAAAUAGACAGUUGGAUGACCUUGCAUUCAUCCUCUCUUGAGUAAUAGCUUACUGUAUGUGAAAGUGAUAUAAAGUGAGAAUACAAUGGAAGCAGGAACUAUCAGCUAAAAAAAAGCAGAAGUGUCUGCCUUCUGUCUUCACCUCUCCGUAACUGCUUAAAAGCCUAUCGCAUCGUGAAUGUAGACCUUCCUGAAGAUCUGCUGCCAUUCUGAUUUAGAGUCUGCUGUGAGGGGGACCGGCGUGUAAGAGAGGACUAGAGUCUGUGUGGGGGAUUUGUAUUUUAAUCAUCCUCAUCCUCAUCUUCAUCAUCAUCCUCGUCAUCAUGGCUCCACAUCCUGUUGUCCAGGCCAUCAUAGACCUCUCAGCUGGAGCUAUUGGCGGCACUGCGUGUGUGUUCACUGGGCAGCCCUUCGACACGGCCAAGGUGAAGAUGCAGACGUUCCCGGGCAUGUACCGCGGCUUCCUGCAUUGCUUCACCUCCGUCUACCAGCAGGUGGGGCUGCGAGGCCUGUACCGGGGCACCUCACCGGCCCUCAUCGCCAACAUCGCUGAGAACGCCGUGCUCUUCAUGAGCUACGGCUUCUGCCAGGACGUGGUGCGCUACGUCUCUGGGCGGGAGCGGGGAACCGAGUUGAGUGAUAUUCAGAAGGCGUGCUCGGGGUCAGUGGCCUCCAUCUUCUCCUCGCUGGCCCUCUGCCCCACGGAGCUGGUGAAGUGUCGCCUGCAGGCCAUGCAUGAAAUGGAGGCAUCGGGCAAGAUUGCCAGCGGCCAGAAGAGCACGGUGUGGGCAGUAGUGAGGAACGUGAUUCGGACUAAUGGGCCGCUGGGCUUCUACCAGGGCCUGACCACCACCAUAGUCCGGGAGCUGCCGGGAUACUUCUGCUUCUUCGGCGGAUACGAGCUGAGCCGCUCCACAUUCGCUCAGCACAUGGGCAAGGACAAAGAGGACAUAGGUGUGCUUCCCCUCAUGUUCAGUGGAGGCUUUGGGGGGGCGUGCCUUUGGCUGGUGGUGUACCCCAUCGACUGUGUAAAGUCCCGCAUACAAGUAUUGUCUCUGGCCGGGCGGCAGGAGGGCUUCCUCAAGACUUUCAUUGGCAUUGUACGCAACGAAGGAGUGGCACCGCUGUACUCUGGUCUCACCCCAACCAUGAUCCGAACUUUCCCUGCAAACGGAGCCCUGUUCCUGGCCUACGAGCUCAGCCGCAAAGCCCUGAUGAGGAAGUUUGACAGCUGAGGUCCUCCGCUGUCCGUCUGCAGAGCCUUGCUGCCAUUCCGCCCACUGCACCUCUCUCUCUCAGGAAAAUCAGUGACUUGUGUUUUACAGCAGGAGGUAUGUUAGAGGCCUGAGCAGGAAGGAUUCCGGUACUGUCAUGCAGAAUUAUGUCAUGUUUUGUUUUGUUCUGUCACGUUUUGCACCACCACACCCGCCUGCAAAAGCCUGCGGAGUUUACACGGGAUGGAUUUUUCAACCCCAUUCCUGCCCGCCUGUUCCCAUUCAAAUGUGCCAUGUCUAAAAAGGCUGUUUACACCUGUUUCUGCAAAAUAUGCAUUAUUUCAUACAUCUUUCUGCAAACACGACUAAUGUGUACACUAUAUAUAUGUAUAUGUAUAUAUAUAGUGUAAAAAAAUAAGUCCCACUGCACUUUAUUUAGAUUAGAUAUACUUUUUCGUUUCAAAAGGUUACAAAUUGUUUUCUUUGACAAGGCUCACAUUUAAAAGACAUUCAUACAGACAUACAAGACAGGGGCUGUGGAGUGUUCAUUUAGUGUUAUUCCAAAUGGCUAUUGCAGAGGGGAUGAAUUAUUUCUUGUGAAUGUUUUUCCGAGCUAGUGGUACUGUACGUUAUCCUGUCUGCCUGACGUUCGUAACUGGAGGAAGUGGUGGAGGGUUCUCUAUUAUCAGGGUUGCUUUUUAUUUACACUUGGUCUUGGGAUACUUGCAAGCCUCUUCUGUAAAAAUAUGUUAGGAAAUAACAAUAGCACGUCAUGCUGAUUCAAACAAUGUCAAGACUGUAUUUAUCUCCCAGCAAAGAUGAUGAUGCGAUGCUAUGCUGCUUGUGAGCUUGUUUUAUUAGUAAUAUUACUUGAAAAUCUCUUUACACUCCUCAGGUAGUAUUGUACUCUAAGCACAUUUAAUCACAUGAUCUAUUAAAACAUUUUGUCUCUGGUGACUUCA